AUGGAAAAGGAAUACAUAACUGAUUGGUAUGGUGGUAAAUACGACUGUUAUGGGAUACUUCAUAAUCAAUUGCGUAUCUUUAAAGAAAAUGGUGUUGAAUAUAUUGAGGUUAAACUUAAUACAAAAAACACUAUUAAUAAACAACGAAUUUUGGAAAAAACAUGCAUAAAUAAUGACGAAGUUGAUAAUGGGCAAGUUUCAGUUCAGAUGGAAAAUCGAUCAUAUAAUCAAGUUCGUAUUCUAGAAGAAGAAGGUGUGAAAUAUCUUGAGAUUAAACUUAGUGAUAAGCAUAAUCACGUGAUGCUCUGUGAUAUUGAAGAUUACAAACUUGUGAUCUCUCGUAGAUGGUAUGCAAAGAGCAAAGUCAAGAGUGAAGACGGGUGUUAUCGUUGUGUGGAUGGAGAUUCUGUGGCAUUUCAUCGUUUACUAUUUCCUCAAUGGGCAGUGAUCAGUCACAUUAAUAAAAACCAAUUGGAUAAUCAACAGUUCAAUUUAUAUAAUGGUCGUAUUCAAGCAAAGACAUAUGGCAAUAAUAAAUCUGGUUAUAAUGAAAGGAAGAUGAAAUUUACGAUUCGAAUAAGAAUACUGACAAAGAUUUUAAUGACCAUGAUUACACUCAAAAGGAAGAAAAAUGAGAUUUUGAAUUUCAUGGAAUUAGAGGAGGAUGACAUUGGUAUUGAUCGUGAAGAUUAUAUCGAUCCAGAGGAGGGUUUAAAUAUCGAAUUAAUACCAAUGAAUACUUCAGAACAUGUGAAUAAUCAGGAGUAUAAUAUGGAAGAGGUGUUUGAUUUUGAGAAGUUUAAUGACGAUCAAUUUAAUGAACAAA